AUGUCUUGCCGCUCCUACCGAGUCAGCUCUGGUCAUCGGGUUGGCAGUUUCAGUUCUUGCUCAGCAAUGACCCCUCAGAAUCUGAACCGCUUCCAGGCCAGCUCUGUCUCCUGCAGGAGUGGGUCUGGCUUCCGUGGCUUGGGUUGCUUUGGUAGUCGGAGCGUCAACUUUGGAUCAUCCUCACCUAGGAUAGCAGUUGGAUGCUCUCGUCCUAUCCGCUAUGGAGUUGGCUUUGGAGCUGGCAAUGGAAUGGCUUUUGGCUCUGGUGACGGGUGUGGAGUUGGUCUGGGAUUUAGGGCCAGCAGUGGUGUUGGCCUAGGGUUUGGAGCUGGCAGUAGCCUUGGCUAUGGUUUUGGCGGCCCUGCCUUUGGCGGUCCUGGCUUUGGCUACAGAAUUGGAGGAAUUGGAGGUCCAUCAGCCCCCUCUAUCACAACUGUGACUGUUAACCAGAGCCUUCUGACUCCCCUCAACCUGGAGAUUGACCCCAAUGCUCAGAGGGUGAAGAAAGAUGAGAAGGAACAGAUCAAGACCCUCAACAACAAGUUUGCCUCCUUCAUUGACAAGGUAAGGUUCCUGGAGCAACAGAAUAAACUCCUAGAGACCAAGUGGAGCUUCCUCCAAGACCAGAAAUGUGCCCGGAGCAACCUGGACCCUCUCUUUGAUAACUAUAUCACCAGCCUGAGGAGGCAGCUGGAAGUACUAGUCAGUGACCAAGCUCGGCUGCAGGCUGAGAGAAACCAUAUGCAGGACAUCCUUGAGGGCUUCAAGAAAAAGUAUGAGGAGGAGGUGGGAUGCCGAGCCAAUGCUGAGAAUGAGUUUGUAGCUCUGAAGAAGGAUGUAGACACAGCUUUCCUGAAUAAAUCGGAUCUGGAAGCCAAUGUGGAUGCCCUGGCCCAGGAGGUUGAAUUCCUGAAGGCUCUGUACCUGGAGGAAAUCCAGUUGCUGCAGUCACACAUCUCAGAGACAUCUGUCAUUGUGAAGAUGGACAACAGCAGGGACCUGAACCUGGAUGGGAUCAUAGCUGAAGUCAAGGCCCAGUAUGAGGAGGUGGCAAGGCGCAGCCGUGCUGAUGUCGAGGCCUGGUACCAGACCAAGUAUGAGGAGAUGCGGGUGACGGCUGGCCAACACUGUGACAAUCUACGAAAUACUCGGGAUGAGAUCAACGAGCUGACCCGGCUGAUUCAGAGGCUGAAAACAGAGAUCGAGCAUUCCAAGGCCCAGUGCGCCAAGCUGGAGGCUGCUGUGGCUGAGGCAGAGCAGCAGGGUGAAGCGGCCCUCAAUGAUGCCAAGUGCAAGCUGGCAGAUCUGGAGGGUGCCCUGCAGCAGGCCAAGCAGGACAUGGCGCGGCAGUUGCGAGAGUACCAGGAGCUCAUGAACGCCAAGCUGGGCCUGGACAUCGAGAUCGCCACCUACAGGCAGCUGCUGGAGGGCGAGGAAAUCCGGAUCUGUGAAGGUGUUGGGCCAGUAAACAUAUCUGUGAGCAGUUCUCGGGGAGGUGUGCUGUGUGGCCCAGAGUCCCUGGUCUCGGGAUCCAGCCUUUCCCGAAACUGUGGGGUCACCUUCUCCAGCAGCAGUGGCAUCCGUACCACUGGAGGCGUUCUGACUUCCUCAUGCCUGAGGGCUGGUGGGGACCUGCUGAGCUCUGGGGCCAGAGGAGGCUCAGUCCUGGUGUCGGAUACCUGCGCCCCUAGCAUCCCCUGCCCACUUCCCACUGAGGGUGGCUUCAGCAGCUGCAGUGGUGGCCGUGGCAACCGCAGCUCAAGUGUCCGCUUCUCAUCCACCACUACCUCUCGCAGGACCAGGUACUAA